AUGCGAAAUGAGCUUAAAGGAAUUGUAAAGGCCAAAGAGUUAGGAGUAGCUACUCCUGCAGUCUAUUUUGUUGACGCCUAUAAUAACAAAAUCAUUAUGGAGCGAGUUGAAGGAUGUACUGCUAAUUACUGGAUAGAAUCGCGGCGACUCAAAGAAGGCGAUUCUGCACAACCUCGGUACUUUUUAGUUCUUCUUCUUCCUUAUCGCAUAACUCACAUUAAGGCUGAUAAUUUGGAAUUUGCUAAAGCAUUGGGAGAGGCCGUUGCAAAAAUGCAUCUUGGAAAUCUCGUACACGGUGAUCUUACCACGUCAAAUGUUAUUGUUAAAGAUAAUAAUUUCAAAAAACCCAUAUUCAUUGAUUUCGGGUUAUCUUCUUUAGGCAAGGUGCUACCUGAAGAUAAGGGAGUAGAUCUGUAUGUUUUGGAGAGAGCAAUGAUCAGUACCCAUAUAGACUCUGAAGAGAUGUUUGAGAGUGUCUUGGAAGGAUAUCGGAGUUUUAACACCAAACAAGCCCUUGCAGUCAUCAAGUUGGUUGAUUUUGAAAUGUAUCUUUUCUCUAAAUUUUUGACCAAUGGGUUAUUCUUUGUAUAGAA